CCGAAACAACAAUAUAGCAGACUACACGGAAAGCAAUCAGCUGGGACUGGAGUUAAACUACUGCUGUCAGCUUCCACAGAAACAAGGUGUCAUCGUUUUGACAUCUUUCGAAAACUUCCUAGUUGGACUUGGAUGAUGGAGGACAACAACCUAAGCAGUUCCCGAACAAAACACUGGGGUGAUUUGAAGCAGGCGGUUAGGGAACUAAGACGCCAAAUAUCCUGCCUUUCUUCCAGAGUACCAUCAUCAUUUUCCUUCAGACAGCUCUCACCAUCAGUAAUCAGGAUUUAUUUUCUGUGUUCACCAUCAAAUGGUCGGGAAACAACACUAUUUUUCUGUGAUGUGGAUUCUAAUUUUUCUUGGGAACUUGAAGGUUCUCCCCUUGUUUGGCAUCCAGCAAUAGACUCAAAUUUUCAAAUGUUGCCUUCAGUUGGGAAAUUUUCCAAAGAAGAGCAGUUGCAAUGGGAACGGAAGAGAUUAGUUACCUCUGGGAUUACAUCUUAUGAGCUUCAUCAUGAAACAGGGAGGCUUAUAUUUCCCGCCGGUGGAUCCAUGUUCCAGUGUUUGGAUCCCGGUAACCAUGUCGUAAAUUUGCAGCCAGUACAACUGGAAACAAACUGCGGUGGAGCUCGUCUCAAUUGCCAAAUUUGUCCUAAUAUGUCCGAAUUAGUGGCCUUUGUAUCGAAUUCAGAUGUUUGGGUUGCACACACCGAUUCAGGAAACGAACAGCGUCUAACGUGGGUUCACACCAACAAAAAUAGCUUGGCUGCAGAUCCAUUAAGCGCUGGAAUCCCUUCCUAUGUUAUUCAAGAAGAAUUCUGUCGCUUUCAGGGGUUUUGGUGGCAGCCUGUAAUGACCGACGAUGUUUUUCGUAUCUUAGUAGAAGAAGUUGACGAAUCCGAUGUAGGAAUAAUUAAGUUUCCGAGCUUUAACGGUGACGGGGGCUUGGAAGAAUACAGAUUCCCAAGAGCUGGUACUCCCAACGCCAAGUCAGAUCUAAAGAUGGUCACCUUUCAACUCAGUGACAAAGGCGAAUUUGCUGAUAUUCAGUUACUUGAAUUACGACAACCACUAGGGAUAAUGUUCCCAUCAGCCGAGUAUUUGACUCGAGCGGGGUGGACACCUGACGGAGAAAAUGUUUGGGUCCAACUUGUAGACCGCUUACAACAGAAGCUUGAUCUAGUGCUGAUUCCAAUUCAUCUUUUUCGCCCUUGUCGUCCAAUUCGGAGGAAUGUAAUUGAAAGCAGUAUGUCUGCACCGACACUAUGCCGGCACCCAGCCCAAAUUUUGUGCAGUGUCUUCAGCCAAAAUUGGAUCAACGUCCACGAUAUUCUACAUUUUUUACCAACGGAUGAGUCAGAUAUGAUGCGAUUCAUAUUUGCCACGGAAGAAUCUGGCUUUCGUCAUUUGUAUCUUUACACGGUUCAGCUUAUUCUAUCUCCAAACAAGACGUCUAAUACUGACGGAGUUUGUCGUGCGGCACAAAUCGACAAGCAACAAUUAACUAGUGGGGAAUGGGAAGUGUUAGACCAGUGGCUUUGGGUUGACCACAAAUUCGGCCUGGUCUAUUUUAUGGGCUUACGUGACUCACCGCUGAGCUCUCAUUUGUAUGUCACUUCUUAUAUUCGACCCAGCUCAAACAUCGUCCGUUUGACGCAAAGUGGCUUCUCACACACUGUUUCUAUGAACAAGGAAUGCACAAUAUUUGUGACGGUCUACAGCAAUACUCAGUCGAUGCCGGCCUGCCAAGUAGUAGCCUUGGAACCUCCCGCCGAUUUAGUUCAUCCUGUACCGUUGGCUUUCUUAGUCGAACCUGCCCUUCCAGACCAAUGGUAUCAGCCACCAGAACUAUUCAGCCAUGUGAUCUCCUCUGGUGACAGACUUCAUGGAAUGAUUUUUCGGCCGCACACCUACAGGCAUGGACAAAAAUACCCAACCGUUCUUAAUAUUUAUGGGGGUCCUGAAGUCCAGUUGGUCACCAAUACUUUCAAGGGUUUACGACAAUUAAGACUGCAUAUGUUGGCCGCACUGGGCUAUUGUGUUCUGACGAUUGAUUCAAGAGGUUCUCAGAAUCGAGGCGUAAAUUUCGAAAGCCACAUUAAGGGACGAUUGGGCACAGUUGAGCUUCAGGAUCAAGUUGAAGUGUUACAAUGGGUAGCCGAAACAAUGGGCUGUAUAGACCUCAACCGCGUUGCUAUUCACGGUUGGUCUUACGGUGGCUAUCUCAGUUUGCUGGGAUUGGCCCAGUACCCACAUGUAUUCAAGGUGGCAAUCGCUGGAGCACCGGUCACUUCAUGGAACUUGUAUGAUACCGGUUACACUGAAAGAUACCUUGGCCAGCCACAAAUCAACCAAAUUGGCUAUAAAAACGGAGCAGUACUGAGCUACAUAAACCAAUUCCCCGACCAAGAGAACCGGUUGCUGAUUAUUCAUGGGAUGAUCGAUGAAAAUGUGCAUUUUGCCCACACUAGUCAGCUAAUUAAUGCGUUAGUCCGAGCUGGGAAACCUUAUCAGCUUCAGGUGUAUCCGAACGAGCGUCAUAGUUUGCGGCAUCUCGACGCUAGCGAGCAUUAUGAAACCGUCUUGCUUACUUUCUUACGCAAUUGUUUAUAGACUAGAUUGAAGAAGAAAGUGGAAUAUCCGUUGAUAGAAAGUGGUUCUUAGUUUUAUGACAACCCACCCUGUAAUAAUGACCUUGUGUUUGUGUGUGUGUUGAGUUAAUGUGACUGUGAUUCAUCCAUUGUUGCGCAGAAGUUUUAUCACUGCCGUCAUUUGCCUCAAUGAAGGCUCUACAAUGUUUCAGUAUCGUCAUCACUCCAGACGAAGGGUGUUUCUCUUUCAGAAAAAUUGUACAGCAGAUGCAACCCAUCAAGAACGGCACCUUUUUUUAGACAUUGUGUUUAGAUAUAUAGCCUAUAUAUUUUUCUUCUUCUUUCCUCCUCUGUGUUGCUGUAUGACCAGUGACUCUGUUAUUUCGAGUGAUGAAGCGUGGUCAUGGUGAAGUUCUUUUUGCUAUCUCUUUUGCUUUGCAAAAACAUUCGGGCUAACUCUUUGGUGUAUCAGCAAGGGAUUAAUGUUACAAAGCAUCGGCUUUUGGUGAGUAAAUUGGCAAUUGGUUUCCUUUGAGUCCACGUUAUUUUGUUGUUUUUCCAAAUCCUUUGUCCUAUUUGCCAGUUUAUUAUUCCUUUACUUUAACGGUUCGACUGUACUGUUCUUUAAUAAAAUAAAAUUCCUCGCCAACAA